AUGCUUGAGAAUCGCACCGAACACGAACUCACUGAAGCAGCUCGCCGCCACCUGGAAGGGAAACUUUGUGGGCCUCCCCCUGAAGAAUGGGAUGCUGAACUCCGCGCCUUGCAACAGCAAGUUCCUGUCGAUGAUGAGUGGCUUCCCUUUACCCUUCAGGAGGUACAAGAUCAGCUGACGAAAAUGAAAACCCGCUCUUCGGUCGGUCCAGACGGUAUUGGAGUCUCGCUGCUUCGUGCCCUUGUCGACCACGACACGCUUGCGGACGAUUUCCUCGCCAUUGUCACCCAUGUGAUCGCUACCAAUGCCACGCCGGAUCACUGGCGCACAUCACUCUUGGCUCUCUUGGCGAAAACGGAGCAACCGCAGGGCCCCGCCGAUCUCAGACCCAUUGCGAUGUCAUCCGCGCUCCAACAAACUGGCAGUCAGACUUGUCAUGCAACGCUACGCGACAUGUCCAAAGAGUGGAAAAUCCCACUGGUGAUUGCCAAACUUGACAUCAGAGGGGCGUUCGACGCGAUCAACAGGCGAUGCGUUGCAAGCUAUUUGGUCCGUAAACUUGCACAUUGUGGCUUGGACAGGGAAACAAGAUUCCUACUGGAGCAACUGCAGUCUAACCUCCUCGUCGGCAAAGUUCCUGGUGCGGAUGACAUCACGGUACGCUGCACGAGUGGUAUCCGACAAGGGGCCCCCGAAUCGGCGGAGAUAUUUGCGCUCGUGCUCCAUGAAGCCUUGGAAAUUAUGAUGGAGGGCGAAGCCUGGCGCCAGAUCGGGAAGCCAAUUCGAGACUUGGACGCUGAACUUCUCAUGUAUCAGGAUGACCUUUUACUUUGGGACGGUGACGUUCGCAAGCUCGAGACCAAACU